AACAAGAAGCAGCAGGUCAGAGAUCUACGUCCACUUCGCAACUUUUAGGGCCAUCAAACCAACCUCGCAGCCCGAAAACAGACACAAUGACGUACACUUCAAAUUCCGCUCGGAAGACGCAGCAGGAGUUAAAGUUAAAGAAGUGACUUUUUUUUGAAAGUGGAGAGAGAGCUGCUUCCUCGUUCGACAACGAGGCUUGAAACAUCUCAACAUCCUCACAAAGAAACUUUGCCUGCUAGGCUGCUAACUCGCACACAAUCCUGCCUAAAAAAAAAAACAAAAGAAAAGAAAAAGUAUCCUCGACGGAGACAAUAAAACGCUUCACAUGUCGAGCUGACUGUGGUUUAUUCUAGUAAAGUCGCUCACUUUACUCGGGGAAAGUUAUGAGUGCGUUUGCAGACGGAUAUUUGUAACGGGACGGAGCAGUAAAGAGCUGCAGCUGGUCAUCUUUCCCCGUCUUUUUCCAACAGGACAGGACUAAAACUGUUCUUUUCAGGUAGUUAGGAGCCCGGUGCUGCCAGAUUUGUUGCAGUAAAACAUGUCUGGCUCUGGCCGAAGUGGAGCUGCUGCUGGACGGCCGAGACCUGCAGCCCUGGGUCCGCAGCCCCUCAAGGCGACUGUCCCCUUCAGGCUGGCCAGCAAACCCAGACCCAACCGGAGGGAGGGGAAGUCAGCUGGAAAGGCCAAAUCCCACCAGCUGACCUCGGGCAUGAGGCGGACGAUGUCCCUGGACGCCAUCAUCGGCCCAUACCUGCAGGGACACUGGCCAAAAGAAGCGGAGGGCUCGAGCUCGAGUCUGUCUCGCAAGGACAAAUCCACCCAGACCCCAGACUCAUGGGUGGAUGAAUCCCAGAGCGGGAGAGGUAGUAGCAUCCACAAACGUUCAGCAUCAUGGGGCAGUGCUGAGCAUCUGCGAGAGAUCGCUAAACUAAAACACCUGCAGCAGUGCAGCAAACCUGCAGUCUCUGGAGUGCAUGAAAAGGACCGCCAGUGCAGUUAUCCUCAUGGGAGCUGUAGCCUAGGAGCUACUCAGACCCAGCCAGUUCCCAUCCCCCUCACUCCCCUGUCCACCCUGGUCCCCCGGCUGCGCUGCAGUGUGGAGGGCCUCAACCAGGAGCUGGAAGGCAUGUUCAUCAGCCAGCCGCCACUUCCACAGCACAAGUUCCUGGAGGUUCCAGACGGCCACCGUGCUCCAGUCCCUCUGAACAGUUUCAGCAGCGGAUCGCAGAGUGACCGCACCACCACACCGCUCUCUUCAUCUUCCACGUCCUCCUCGCCCUGUUCCUCCCCCAACUACAUCUCUACCUCCCAGUCGAACUCUGUAGACGCUUCUCUGGACCCUCACCAAGGUUUGAUAGACGGUGCAGAGAUGCACCUCCUGUCUCCGUUGUCCUCCCAGAAUGAGGCCGACGUCUCCCUGCCUCUGCUGAUAUCUUCUUCUCCGGGGCCCAACAAAAGUUGUUGCUUCCAGAGAGAGCCUCCUGAAGGCUGCGAGAAGGUUCGAGUUUGGGAGGAGAUCAGUGCUCCUCUACAACCCAAGCCAGUGGUCAUCUCCUCCUGUCCAGACCCCAACAAGGUAAACUUCACCCCUCACGGGGGCUCGGCCUUCUGCCCCGUCAGCCUCCUGAAGCCCUUGCUCCCGUCGGUGGACCUCUUGUUCCGCAGCUUCGCCGUCUCUCCAGCAGGCAGUUGCUCGACCCAGGGAACGAGCUCCUGCCAGACAGGAUCUUCCAGUAACUGGGGGUCUCCUCCUGACCCUUGCACAACCACCAACGCCAUGGGAGAGGGCUCUGGAGGGGGCCUCGCUUCCUGAUCAGCUCCCAAUCUCUUCUGUGGAAAAUGAUGCAAGUACUUAACUGCCCACAGAUGUUGCCUUGCAAUAAAGGCUUGUUUCUUCCCUUUAAAAGGUACAAAAAAGCCUUUUUGAUUAAAUAAUAUUGGGUGGUGAAUAAAUAUCAUAUAAUCCAAAGGAAAUGCUUCAAGGUAUAGUUUCUCUUUUUUUUGUUUUUUUUUCUUCCAAAAUUUGGUUUUCAUUUUAUCCAAAGAGAUAUUAUGGACCAAACGUGUGAGAGACAUGGAGCUUUUAUAUGAUUUGUUGGAUGACUGCUCACAUUCUUUUUCCAAAGAAGCCAUGUCAAACACUUGUGUCAGUUUCUGUCUAAAAUGUCAGGGCAAGUAAGAAAGCUCAUGCAUGAAAUUCGUUUGGGUUUUUUUUUUGUUUUAGGUAUUCAAAGAUAUUUAUGUAAAACUCAACCUUACACCUGUUGCCAGUGCAUGACAAAUCAGUUGGGUACUUUUUUUUAUAUUUGUUUCAUGAAAAGACAAAUCAGUUUGUGCACUGAGGGGGAAAGUUUCCAUCUGUUGGAGCUGGGUAGCAUCAAUACCUAAUGACCUCAGCUCAUGUAUUCCUGAUUUAAGGCUCUACAUGUUUGUGUUGUGUACUUGGAAAAACAAAAAAAAAAUCCUUUCAUGUAAAUGUGUUUGCAUUAGUGAAUAGAGACCUGUUGUUCCUCUGUGUUUCUAGAUGUGUGCUUGAAGGCAUGUUUACAGUUUGAGGUUUCAUGGCCUAGUUGACUACCUAACCAGUUUUAGUGGUAUAGAUGUCAUCGUUAAUGUUUUGCUAAAGAUGUUGUUUUUGUUCUGCUAAGCUGACAAGCCGCUGACGAUAUAGUUAUAUUUCUGGUAGACAUGUUUGCACAGAUGGAACUGCUACUUUUGAGUCGCAAUUCUUAUUUUUAUAUUUACUUUUUGUAUUUCAUUGUAAAUUUAAAACUAGUUAAGGGUAUUUUCUACAUCUCUUUCAGUUACCUGCAAUAUAAGCUAAAAGAAAAAAAAAUCCUAUUUAGUUUUGUAGUGUUAAUGUGUCUGAGGCAGGUGUCACAGAUAUGGUAUCAGGUGGACUUUGCACUUCCAGGAAAAGGUUUUUAUACAAGCAGCAUUUCUUUCUUUCACACAUUCCUGGGUUUAUUGUCUGACAGUUUUUGUUUUUGUAUGUGUGCAAGUGGAUGGAAAGUUGACUGAUCUUAUCACUAACUUUUACUUUCAGUACCCUAGUGAAAUUCUGGGGAAUUGAAAUAUUCUUCUUCCAAAUAGUGCUCAAUUCAAUGUUUUCUGAGUCUGUUUGGAUGCUGGGGAUGUGCUGUUCUCAGGUUCUGUGUUCUGUCCACAUAAAUAUACAAUUAUA